UGUGCUUAUAAAGUGUGGAUACAAUUAUUAAACCCGGGAUUAAAGAGCGUUUUGGGAUUAUUUUGACUGUUUUCGGAUACGCGGUUGUGGAUAAACGUAUAAAGACAGCGUUUGUGAGGCCAGUGUUGAACGGUGGUUAAUGGUUAAUGUGUAGCGUUAGUGCGUUAGACUGAGUUUGAAUGUUUUUAAAUCGUAACGGUUCUUUUUUUUUUAAAUUGUAACGGUUCUUUUUUUAAAUUGUAACGGUUUUUUUCCAACGUUCGCCUCAUUACCGCAGAGAAUCGCCGCUAUAUUGCACUAAAAUGUCUGUUGCGGGACUGAAGAAGCAAUUCUACAAAGCCAGUCAGAUGGUGAGUGAGAAGGUCGGUGGAGCAGAAGGAACCAAACUUGAUGAAGAAUUUAAAGACCUGGAGCGAAAGGUCGAUGUGACGAGUAAAGCCGUUGUAGAUGUCAUCUCCAAAACCUCAGAGUACCUGCAGCCCAAUCCAGCAUCCCGUGCCAAGCUGUCCAUGCUAAACACCAUGUCCAAGAUCCGUGGGCAGGUGAAGAGCCCUGGAUACCCACAGGCGGAGGGGCUGCUGGGAGAAUGUAUGGGCAAAUAUGGACGUGAACUUGGAGAGGAGACCAAUUUUGGAGCUGCUCUUGUUGAUGCUGGUGAGACUAUGAAGAGACUUGCUGAGGUGAAGGACUCGCUGGAUAUUGAUGUGAAACAGAACUUUAUCGACCCUCUGCAAGGCCUGUGUGACAAGGACCUGAGAGAGAUCCAGCAUCACCUGAAAAAGCUGGAAGGUCGUCGGCUGGAUUACGACUACAAGAAGAAGCGUCUGGGCAAGAUACCAGACGAGGAGAUAAAGCAGGCGCUGGAGAAGUUCCACGAGUCCAAAGAGGUGGCAGAAAUCGGCAUGUACAACCUGCUGGAGACGGACAUCGAACAGGUGAGCCAGCUCUCAUCACUGGUGGAGGCGCAGCUCCAGUACCACCGACAGGCUGUUCUGAUCCUCGAAGAGCUCUCAGACAAACUGAAGGACAGAACUAAUGAGGCUCAGUCUCGCCCGAGGAAGGAGUACGUCCCUAAACCGAAACCCGUCAUUGAUUUUGGAGAACUGAACAACCAGUCGAACGGCGGCUUCACACCCACCGCCGCCCCGUCUGUUCGGAACUCUGCCUCGGUGGAACAGCCGUGCUGUAAAGCCCUGUACGACUUCGACCCGGAGAACGAGGGCGAGCUGGGCUUCCGCGAGGGCGACAUCAUCACCCUCACCAGCCAGAUCGACGAGAACUGGUACGAGGGCACGCUGCGCGGCCAGUCCGGCUUCUUCCCCCUGAACUACGUGGAUGUGAUCGUCCCGCUGUCUCAGUAGACGGCCGCUCGUACGGGCGAGAGAGAGAGAAAUAAAGGGUUCAUGUUCCA